UAACAUUGAAUCUUUCAUAUUAACCAUAUACAUGUAACAUAAGUAUUAUAUAGUUGUAAAUAUGUAAUUAUCAAUUUAAUAUUAAUGUUAAUGCCCUCACAUGCGUGCGGACGGUCCACCUAUUCUUCUUUUAUAUAAGCAGAUAUCCAAUGAUACUAUCAAUGCAACACAAAUCGAUUUAUUUGCCGACGUCUUUCUCAACUCACCGGUAAACUGUACAAGGGGUUGGUGCUGCAGAUCGAUAGUAGGAGCUACUAUACAAAGAUCUGAAGGUUACUAGGGCUAUACUAAAGUUGUUAUGGAUGAUGUUCUUUAUCAGGUUUUAUUUGGUCAUAGUAAAACAACUUGUUUAUAUUUCUAUUUCCAUAAGUGAUAUAUUUAUAGAAACAUCUUAUUGAAUGUUAAUCAAUCAAUGAUUUAAAAUCAAUUGUCAAUGUUUUAUUAAUAAAAUUUAAAAUUUAAAUAUUAUUUUAGUUGGUUGAAUUCUAAAACUGGUUUCAAAUCAUUUGUUUUGGAGUCUCGUUAACAAAUGAUUUAAAAUCAGUUUUAAAUACAAAAAACUUUAAAAUCCUUUGAAGUUGAAUAAUACUAGAUUUUAAAAAUUAGAUUUAAAUCAUUCAUUGAAUAACAACAAUUUUUAAAUUAGAUUUAUAAAUAUCAUAUCUAGCAAUAUUAGAUUUUAAAAAUUAGAUAUAUUCACUGAAUAACAAAAAAAAUUAAAUUAGAUUAGUAAAAUAUCAUACCUAGUAAAACUAGAUUUUAAAAUAGAAUUUAGAAUCAUCAUUCGAAUAACCGCAGAUUUUGCUUAGAUUUAAACUCUAUUAAUUUAAUAACACUAUUAGGGUUUUGUGAUUUAAACUCUUAUUAGAUUUUUAUUUUUCUUAUAUAGAAAAAAUCCCAGCUAUUUCAAACAGAGAGAUAGUGACUUAUUGAAAAGUAAAAUGAUGAAAAGAAAAUGCUGAGAAUUGUUUGGGUGUAAUUGAUUGAUUUCUCAUAACAGGUGGCUAAGGAAACAAUUUUCUAUUAAGUUGACUUGACCAUAAACCUCUCAUUUGCUCAUCCUCUUCCUCUUGCGUACUUGGACCAUCAUUCUUUCAAAGACUUAGUCUUCCCUUUCGUCUCUCAGUGACAUGGUAACAAAGUAACCACGUCCUUAUCCUUCUCUUCUCUCUCCAUGACAAAGAAAAGCAAUUUCGUCGAAUUGGAGAAAACACACAUCUUUUUUUUUGUUGUUGUCUCUCUACUCAUUCACACCCGGUUUUAAACGGUAGCUGUUGUCCGAUCUCUAUCCAUCAUCCUCUACUGUGUCUUUUCUUGUAAAGCACUCUCUGUUUUUAGAUUCACACCCUCUUUUUUUGUUCUUUAGAUUUGACUUGUGUAAAAACCCUGAAAACAAGAAGUGUAUAAAACAGAGAUACUUGUCUAAUAUAAUUGAGAAAAAAAAAAAGAGUUCGGCUUUUAAAUAUUGUUUGUCGGUAUGGGGCUUUGCUGGUCUUCUUCAUCUAAAUCUCCUUCAACUGCAACAACAACACCUACCACUACUGGUAAUAUCAGUUCAGGUCCGUUUAAGUCAACGACUACAGAAACAUCAAGAAGUAACAUAUCCAGCACUAGUGGAUUCUCUGCGGGAAGUGGUGGAGAUGCUUGCCCCGAGGGUCAGAUACUUCCCAUUCCCAAUCUAAGGAUAUUCAGCCUUGCAGAACUUAGAGCUGCAACCAGGAAUUUCAAGUCUGAGAAUGUUCUGGGAGAAGGAGGGUUUGGGAAAGUCUUCAAAGGCUGGCUUGAAGAGAAAGGGCCUGGGAGUCACAGCACUGGAACUGUGAUUGCUGUCAAGAAACUUAACUCCGAAAGCUUCCAAGGAUUUGAGGAAUGGCAAUGUGAGGUGAACUUUCUUGGGAGGGUUUCUCAUCCGAACUUGGUGAAGCUGUUGGGAUACUGCUUGGAAGGUGACGAGUUGCUUUUGGUGUAUGAGUACAUGCAGAAAGGAAGCUUAGAGAAUCAUCUUUUCCGAAAGGGUUCUGUUGUUCAGCCACUGUCAUGGGAAAUAAGGCUUAGGAUUGCAAUAGGAGCAGCUAAAGGCUUAGCGUUUCUUCACGCUUCAGAGAAGCAAGUCAUUUAUAGAGACUUCAAAGCUUCAAACAUUCUACUUGAUAGUUCAUACAACGCAAAGCUAUCAGAUUUUGGAUUGGCUAAGUUAGGCCCUUCCGCGAGUCAGUCUCACAUCACAACAAGGGUUAUGGGUACACACGGUUAUGCAGCUCCAGAGUAUGUUGCUACAGGUCACUUGUAUGUAAAGAGUGAUAACUACGGGUUUGGAGUCGUUUUAGCUGAGAUCUUGACUGGUUUACACGCACUUGAUCCUACCCGUCCCACCGGGCAACACAAUCUAACGGACUGGAUCAAGCCUCAUCUCUCUGAAAGAAGAAAGCUGAGGAGGAUAAUGGACCCUCGUCUAGAAGGAAAGUACCCUUUCAAAUCGGCUUUCCGAGUGGCUCAACUGUCUCUGAAAUGCCUUGAACCCGAGCCAAAGAACCGUCCAUCCAUGACAGAAGUGGUGGAGUCGCUAGAACUCAUUGUGGCUGCCAAUGAGAAACCGUUGGAACGAAGGACCACCAGAGCUUCCCCAACCGUGAGUAACCAACGAAGCCAUUAUCGCCGGGAACAUCUGUCUACAUUUCAACCGAGGCAUACCGUGGCUAGAGGUCACUAGUUUUGGUUGUUUUUGAACACUAGAUAUUCUUUUUUCCUCUCUCUCUCUCUCUCUGGUUUUGUAUUCGUUAAAAUGAUGAUUAGAAAACAAUUCAUAUGUAUACUAUAUGGAAUCAAAAGACAAGACAUAAGCAUAUGUUGUAACUAGUAAAUGUGUUGUUGUGUGUGUUUGUAGAUGCUUAUAAGAGGUUAAGAAAGUUUUGAAAUAUUAGUUAUCUA